UUUUUUUUUUAAUUGAUGUAAGAGCUUACAUACUCGUUAGAAAAAUUUUAAUACUAAAUGCCAACGAAAAGGUCAACCAGAAUAUUCGCACGAUCGAGUGGCGCUCCCGUGAUUGGUGAAACUGCAGUAAUGCAUUCCAAUAUACUAAAGUCGUUCAGUCGCUUUAGUUACUUUCAACGAAUCAGAUCGUAUUGUCGUGAAAUGUGAUAAUAUUUAUAUCGUUAUAAACAUUUGCAUAUAUACACAUUUCAUUGCACUUUUAUUUACAUACAUAUAUAUAUUUAUAUAUGUAUAUAUAGAUAAGUUGAUAUUUAUAAAAAAAAAAAGAAAAGAAAAUUAAAGAAAUUUUUAUAUUUAUAGUGAAGGUAUUAAAUAUUAUGACGAAUAAUUAAAAGUGAAUAUCGACUUACUGAUAAACAUUGUUUUCUUAAUGUAUACAAUAUCUCAAAAUAGCUGAAAUAUCGAAUAAAAAGGAAAAUGUUCGAACAGCCGUGUUUUUACAAUGACUUAAAGUACGACGAAGCUUGUGUUAAAUUAAGAAAUGAAGAUAAAUCGAAUGCAUGGCUUUAUGCACUUUCAUCCGAUUGCGUUUCGUGUCCGUACGGUCGGAUAUCUUCGAUUUCAACCGCAAAUUACAGCGUGAAAUUUAAUACUGCCAGAUCUAUGAAAUGGGCGGUACUGAACGUCGAUGGUUCUAACGAAUAUAUAUCUGCUAAAAAUAUCAGUAAAGCAAUAUGCAAACUUUCUCCAAAUUUAGGAGAAUACGGCAGUUAUGAAUUAUUAAUUCGAAACGAUAGUUGUUUCCUUAAUACACUGAUACGACCGACCAAUUCUUACAUCACUCUCCUCAUUAUUUUCGGUAUAAUAAUAUGCUUUCUAAUUGGGAUAUCAUUGUCGCGACAAAUAUGGCAAUUGAUUCAAGAAAAAUGUAUGAAACAUGCCAAUGAUCAAUUAGCUAACGAUCCUACCAAGAAACGACGAGUGAAAUCCAUCGACACAUUUAGGGGGAUUAGCAUUGUGUUUAUGAUAUUUGUUAAUAACGGUGCCGGAGGAUAUUAUCUAUUGGAACAUGCAACUUGGAACGGUUUAUUGAUAGGAGAUUUGGUCUUUCCGUGUUUCAUGUGGAUUAUGGGAGUUUGUAUUCCUAUAGCAAUAUCCUCGCAAUUAUCACGUGGCGUUUUAAAAUUAGAAAUGUUUUUUGGAAUUCUUAAGAGUCUAAUGCAUCAACGAUUAAAGGAUAUAUCAAUUUUAUUGCCACAAUGGAUCAUAGUUUUGUGUAUCGUCGUUGUUCAUUGCUUGUUAACGUUCAAACUUACCGUACCAGGUUGUCCCACAGGCUAUCUCGGUCCUGGUGGACGUCACGAAGAUGGUAAAUAUUUUAAUUGUACCGGUGGUGCUGCUGGAUAUAUCGACGAUCUGAUCCUAACACCUAAUCACGUUUUUCAAAAUCUAUUGAUAAUCACGAUUUACGGAUCUAAACCCUUCGAUCCUGAGGGAAUUUUAGGUUGCAUGACAACAAUAUUCCAAGUAUUUCUUGGAGUCCAGGCAGGAGAGAUUUUAUUGUGCUAUAAGGAUUGGAAGGACAGGGUCGUAAGGUGGCUCCUAUGGGCAGUAUUUUUAGCUAUCGUAGGAUUCCUUGCCCAUGUUUACGUCAUACCUGUUAAUAAAAAUUUAUGGUCGUUAUCAUUUGCAUUGGUAACGACCGCUUUUGCUCUUGGUCUUUUAUCAGCUUGUUACUUACUAGUGGACGUUGCAAGAAUAUGGAGAGGUGGACCAUUUCGAAUACCUGGAAUGAACGCUCUACUUAUGUACAUCGGUCAUCAAUUAUGCUAUCAAAUCUUUCCAUUUCAUUGGCGUAUCGGUAAUAUGCAAAGUCGUACUUUGGUAUUGGUAGAAGCCAUUUGGAGUGUUGUCCUAUGGACAAUCAUAGCUUACAUAAUGCAUCGUAAGCGAAUGUACAUUACAUUGUGAUCUAACGUUACUUUGUCAGAAUAUUUAUUUGGAUUUGGGAUAUAAAUCGAUCUUUUCGGCUUGAUAAAUAAUUUAUUUUACACGACUUACAUUAAGUAACAUAAUGACAGUGUGCGUGAGGUAAUCGUUAUUACCAACGUAUACUUUAAUACGAAUUUAUAUUAAGUACAUUGUUUCUUUUAUUGUAUUUUUGUAAACUUUUUUUUUCACAUUUUUUUCUUUUUUUUAAUUAUUAAUCAUUAUUAUUAUUAUUAUUAUAAUUAUUAUUAUUAUUAUUAUUAUUAUUAUUAUCAUCGUCAUCAUCAUCAUCAUCAUUAUUAUUAUUAUUAUUAUUAUUUUUUUUUCUUUUUUUAUUUUGUUAUCAAUCGCAAGAAACGAUUAGUCCAUCGUUGAAUUUUUCGGGCACAUUAAAUAACGCGAUACAUUUUCGACAUAAUUAAUAAUAUGACUAAACAUGUAGCUCUUUUCUCAGAUUCGUUUUAUUUUUUUUUUUUUUCGACACACCGUAGAAUGAUUUGAUAACGAAUCUAUUAAGCGGAGAGAUAUGAAAGGAAAAAAGGAACGUGGGUUAUGUUUAGGCUUCCUUGUAAAGAUAAAAAGAAAAAACGCCGCCAUCAAUAUCGAUAUGUACGAUACAGACGAUUAUAUUAAUAUGUAAAGAAGAUAAACAAAAAAAAAA